AUGGCAAACCCUAAGGUUUUCUUCGACAUUACCAUCGGCAGCAAGCUGGAAGGCCGGAUCGUGAUGGAGCUGUUCGCCGACGUGGUGCCGAAGACAGCCGAGAACUUCCGCGCUCUGUGUAUAGGCAAGAAGCCCGACGGCUCCAUAAUGCCCCUCUACUACAAAGGAUCGUCGUUCCACCGCGUGAUCCCCAACUUCAUGUGCCAGGGCGGCGACUACACCACUAACAAUGGUAUCGGCAGCCAGUCGAUCUACGGCGGGAAUUUUGAAGAUGAAAACUUCGUGAAGAAGCACACCGGCCCCGGCAUACUCUCCAUGGCCAACGCUGGCCCGGACACCAAUGGAUCUCAAUUCUUCAUCUGCACCGCCAAAACUGAGUGGCUCGACGGUAAGCACGUCGUGUUUGGGCAGGUUGUCCAGGGCUAUGGCGUCGUUAAGGAGAUAGAGAAAGUUGGAUCCGCCACCGGAAGGCUCUCUAAGCCCGUCAUCAUCGUUGAUUGCGGUGAACUCUAGUCAUCGUAGUAGUAUGAUCUGUUGUCGUAGUAGUAGUAGAUCUGACCAGCUGCUUUGUAAUUUCUGAAUCAUCUUUGUUUCCAAU